CCACCACAACGGCUUUCCUCUCUUCUUUUUUUUAUCCACUACAAUGUCUGGUUGGUUCUCCAUUACCAUCCUGUCCAUCAGUAUCUGGAAGUCCCACAGGAUCUUUGCUCUCUCAUUCUCUACCAUUUUCGGAGGUGUUUUCCAUUUUGUAUUUGGGGUUUCCAGUCCAUAUUCUGCACACGUUUCUUUAUAUUAUUCCAGCCACUUGGUUGUGGCGCUCCAUGUCUGCUAUCUUGGUCAGCAUCUUACACCCUGCAGUUAUGUGCUGGAUUGAUGUCAGUUUGAGCUGUUAGGAGUUGAUGCCUUGCUUGCUGAUGCCUCAGCUCUCCUGCAGACUAGUCAAAGAACACGUGAAUCUGAAAGUCAAUCUGUUUCCAGAACUUGAUUAUUAACAAAAAACGGAAGGCAUGAAAAAGCACAAAAAAACUUUCUGACUUUGUUAAGUAUACUCAAGUAUGAGUAUAGUAAGUUUAUACUCUAUAUCAUAAACAUGUAAUGUAGGAAGUACACUAAGUACUUCUUCAGACCAAACUGGAUCAUUUACAAUAGUAUAUAACAAAUACAUUUCCUCAUCUUUAGAGAAGACAAAGUAUAUUUGUAGUACACUUAAAUGGACUACCUUUUUGCUAAGGGAAAGGCUGUGAUUGGACACUAUUCUGCAAAAGAAAUAAUAAGAGAUUGGCAUGAAGUUGAGUUUAAACCAAUGAAAUCAUCUUGAAUCAAUGAGAAGAAUCUGGUCGGACAGGUAACACACGUAAAAAUAGAAAGACUUUACUGACUCCACUACCAACCGAGACAGAGACUUCAAACCCCCUCAGUGUGCGGCAGCCUUCACUCGCCUCUUCAAGCUUUUUUACUUCUUUGACCUGACCACCUUCUGAAGAUUCAUCAUGUUAUCUAUUACUCUUCAGAUUCUGGGCUUUUUCCUGGGAAUCAUUGGCUUCAUAGGGACUAUCAUCCCGUGUUUCCUCCCCAUGUGGAAAAUAACAACCUUAAAUGGAGCCAAUUUUGAGGAGAUCCUCAGUGAGGGCUUGUGGAUGAACUGCGUAACAUUGAGCAGAGGGCGCGGCUACGACUCCCAGAUAAACUUGCCUGAGGAUCUACAGAUUGCCAGAGUGCUUAUUGUCAUCGCAAUCUUUGUAUCUUUUGUGGGAGUCACAUUGGCCGCUGCUUGGAUGAACAGCACCAACUUCAUCAUGGAAGAGCGCCGGGUCAUAGGAGUCAUUGUUGCAGGAAUUUGCUUAAUCUGCGCCGGCUUUCUUGUCCUCAUUCCAGUGUGCUGGUGUGCUUUUACCAUCAUCUGGAAUCUCAACAGUCCUUUUGCAACCAAUAAACAGAGGACGGAGCUGGGAGCGGCUCUCUACAUAGGCUUGGUCACAGGUGUACUCCUUAUCCUGGGCGGGGCCCUCCUCAUCCUAGACAAGGCACUCUUCAUCCUGGGCAGGGCAUUUCUUAUCCUGGGCAGUAUGCUUCUUAUCCUGGGCAGAGGACUAACUAACCUGGGUGGGAAGCUCCUCAUCCUGGGAAAGGCCUUCCUCAUCAUGGGCAAGGCCCUGCUCUGUGUUCACUCCCCACAAAAUGAAAUCCCUGAGUAUUUGGUCAAGGACUGUCCACCCAGCACUAAAAAAAAGAGUUUGUAAAAUUCAUACAAUAAAUAGGGGAAAGCUCUUGCUCUUGAUUUUUUUAGUGGAAUUUUCAUUUGUACUUUGUGUUCCUCAACACAACUCCUGAUAAGAUGAUACAAUUGAAAUGUGUCAAUUAAAAAUGAUUGUAAUUUGGUUGAAAUAGAUUAAAAUACCAGUUUACACUCAAACUUCAGAAAUAGGUAAACCCUUUAAGGAGGCAACAUUUUCUCAUAUUUGUUAAGUUUUAGAAAAAUGUUGACAAAGUUGACAAAAACAAAUGGGAAAUAUCUAAAAGGCAGCAUCAGGAGCCUCCUGAGUUUCAUGUCUUUGUGCUUCAGAGACUUCAGAGAAUUGUGAGGCUUCAUAAUAGUCUUCAUUGACUUCAGAGGCUUCCUCGUGUCCCAUGGCGCUGCAGAAGCUGGGCAUCAGUCUGUCCAUGACAGGUCUGGCUAGCACCAUCCUGAUCUGUGCUCUACCCACAUGGAAGGUGAUGGCCUUCAUCAGCACCCACCUGGUGGUCUUCUGGGAGGGGUUGUAGAUGACCUGCAUCAGCGAGUACACUGGUCAGAUGCAGUGCAAGCUCUUCGACGCCUUGCUGGACGUGUCGCCGGACCUGCAGGCCGCUCGAGACCUCAUCUGCAUCAGCAUGGUGCUGGGCUGCCUGGGGUUUCUCAUCUUCCUCCUGGGGGCGCGCUGCACCAACUGCCUGAGCCAUCCACGCUUCAAACUAAAUUGCUGGUAAUUGGAUGGGACUGCACCCUUUUAGAGAUCCUUCUGGAUCAGGAUUGUUUGCCCCUCUGUUGACCAUUCGGGAUGAAUCCCAUCUCUAAGUGUGUAUCCUGGUGCUCAUGGAGUGUAUGGAGUUUCUUAAGUGAGUAGAAGUGUACCAUGUCAGGGCUCGGUGCUGUCCUAUACUUAACACUUCAGGCUCUUUCUUGAUGUCUGCCACUGUAAUUGUGUUCAAUUUACCAUCAUUAUACUGUAUUUGAUAGCUUCAAUGUGUCAUGGAUGUGUACUGUAUGCACAAGUGCAAAAAUGUCUAUUUACGAUCAGGAGCAAUCAUAAUGUCAAGGAGAAUUUUUUCCUUUUUUUUCUACUUUCUUAUCAAUUAAUGACUAAGAAUCUUGAAUAGAUUGGACACAUCAAUGUAAUUUUUUAUUGUCUUUUGCAUUUUUUUCAUUGCUUGAAAUAAACCAAAUCCAUUAUGUGAAAGCA